ACUUAAAAACGUGUCCAAAUUUCUUCACGUUGUGGAGAUUAAAUUUUUUUUUAGAAAAAAAUUACAAAUUACUUAUUUUUCCACACAGAUUGUAAACACAUUAUUCUGCGCAUGCUCUGUGAUAAAAAUGAAUCCAUUUGAUGACACUAGAAUAGGUCCGAACAGUGUGAAUUUCUGUAAAUUUGUAAUUAAAUUUAUUAGUGUAUUUAGCUAUUUUCCAAAUUAAACAAAAUUACAUGACGAAAUCUAUUUGCUCCACACAACUAACCAUCACUCCACAGCUAAACAUAGGUACUGAAUAUUUUUUGAAGAUGCACUUUAGCAACAGUAAAAAGUUCAACUUUUACAUUGUUACUGCCUAACAUCUACUUCCAACACUUAGUUAACCUAACACUUUGAUCAAACUAACAAAAUGUCAGAUAUUUUUCAACAAUUAGAAUCUAAUAAUAAGGAAGAAGUAGAAGCUGUUAAACAGAAAAUUCUCGACCAGUUUCUUAGUGUAAAAGACUCCUGGCUUGUCAAUGGCUUGUAUGACUAUUAUUUAAGUACAAAUUCGGCCAACACUAUUCUCGUGUUGGUCAAUAUUAAGGAACCACACCACCAAUAUUUAUUUGAUAGGCUUAGUGAUUCUAUUGCAAAAAGUUCAAAAACUGAUGUCAAAGUCCAAGCUCUUACUCUCUUAGGCCACAUUGUUCGCAAUCAGCCCACAUGGCUAUACAGACUAUCAGAACAUCAUCUUUUAAAAGACUUGCUGAGAUUGUUAAAGGAAGAAGUGGAAAUUUUGCCACUGAUAAGUGCAUUACUCGUUUUAAUUGUCUUAAUCCCCAUGAUUCCUUAUUCAAUGGGCGAGCUCCUAAAUCACGUUUUUGAAAUUUUCAGUCGUUUGGCUUCGUGGAACUGCAACCCUGGAAGAUUAGUUGAAGAACAGAUGAUUCACAUGCAAGUCGCUUUAUAUGCUUUGUUUCUGAGACUUUACGGCAUGUUUCCUUGCAAUUUUCUCGCAUAUCUAAGAACACAGUACAAAGACAAAAACAGAGCAGUAUUUAUUCACACAAUUAAGCCGAUGCUAGAAACUGUUAAAAUGAAUCCUUCUCUUGUAACUACAUCCAAAGAUAAUGAAACAACAAGCGAGAGGUGGAGAAAAAUGGCCGUCCACGAUGUUAUAGUAGAAUGCGAACGAUUUUCGCUUGAUGUCUCUGAUACUUUUUGUGCUCAUGAUUCUUGUCAACUUGCGUCAGGGUUUCGGUCUCGGUCUGGCACUGCCAACUCAUCUAUCGAUGCGGUUUAUUUUCAAUCGUUAAAAAACUUGGCAGCAUCGAUGUCGAAUGAUAAAGGCGAAUAUUUCACACCCAGCAUGGUUUUUAAUCCCAACACGCCCCCUAUCGGAGGAGUUAUUCCCACUUAUGUGCCACAACCGGAAUUUACACAUGAUGAAAAUGUUGUCCCACAAGCAGGGUCGUCGCCUCCAGAGGCUGCAAUAGAAGCCACCCCAGAAACUACCCCCAUACUACAAGAAGACACACAAAUCAGGAAUCAAGUCAAACCUUUGGCUUCUCCAUCACCCCAAUCGCCCCUACGAAAAGAAAAAUCACCGUUUAAUUUUUCGAUUGAUGUCAGACAUUCAAGUUUAGACACGAAAGGCGAUUUGCAAUUAUCAACCUUGACAUUUGAAAAGUCUCCUGUUGGUAGUAUUAAACUCAAGUCUUUGUCUCCAACAAGUCCUCAGAAAAUCAAAGACAAGAGUCCAACAAAAAGUAGCGGCUCUUCAGACCCCGAAGAGUUCCCGACUGAGAAAAAAACCGAAACUAGUCAUCAACCUACACUUAAACAAAGCGACAGUGUGUUGCACGAAAGCGAAGAUUCUGCGAGUGAGAACUUGGAGGACGACCGCAGCUCCCCAUGUGCUGCUGGAGGACUCCACAUGCCCAACUCCAAGUCCAUGAAGGAUUUUGCAAAGCGAGUCCAGCGUUUGCGGCACCACAGCCAAUGCACGGCCGAGUCAGAAGUUCUGAGUGGAAGUAGUCCCGAAAUGGAUAGUACGAAAGUCCGCCGUGCGAAUUCCUGUCCUGAAAUGAAGAAAAGUCCAGUUUCGUCGAUUAAAGAUAACGUGAGUCGGACUCUGGAUGAAACCGAUGAAGAACCAAACAUGGAAAGAGCCGAAAGUGCCAUGUCAAACGGCGUAGAUGCUAUGUCUGAUGGCAGCGGCAAUAAACUUUCCACUAUUGAAACUCAGACUGAUAAUUUUUGGCCCAUGCCAUAUGAACAUUUGUUCUUGGGAAUUUUUCCGACGUUAGGGACUGAGGUGAAGUCUAGUCCGGGAACGGUGUCGACGAUUGGUGGGUUGCAAGAGAGGUAUAUUCAGCCUUCCAUCUAUGAAGUAUUAGAUAAGUACGUAGAGACGGCUAUUCAAGAUAAUGAAAAGGAUAAUAUUAAAGGGCUUAAAAAUCAAUUGAAGCUUGUUCAUCAACAAUUACUAUUUGAAAGGCAUAGGAGAGAAAUUCAUGCUUUUAAAAAUCGGAGGUUUUUGGCCGAUGCUAAGAAUACUCAAGUAUUGGAAGAACAUAACUCAGCUUUGAGAGAUCAGGUGCAAUUACAACAGGCUGAUAUUGAUACUUUAAGGUAUCAGCUGGAACAGAUGCAGAGAGAACGCGACUUGGAAAAUAAAAUGUUUACAAAUACUAUUACAAGUUUAGAGGAUAAGUGCAAAACCCUAGAAGUACAAAAUAAAGCACUGCAAGAAGUAGAGGCGGAACGGCUGGAAGCAAUAGAAUGUUUAAAAACCAAAUGCAUGUCGUUGACUACUGACAAACAAAAAGCUGAGGCAAUGCUCAUUGAUGCUCUUGCAGAAGUCAAGUUUGCCAAAGAACAAGCUUUAGCGGGCGAGAAAGGUCGCGCCGAACUUGAAAAUGUAAAUAAACAACUUGUUUUAAUAGGGGAACUUCAGUUGAAGUACAAAGAAAGACUGGAUGACCUGACUUCGCUUCGAAGAUCUGAUCAUGAACUGGAAUUAUUGAAGGAAUCAUACAAUGGCGAAAUAAAAGCUUUGCACCAACGCUACCGCGAGAAAAUGACCAAACUCGAGGCUUGCACGAGCAAAAUCUCCGACUUGGAACAAACUAUCCGUCAAAACGAGGAAACUAUCUCCCUGCAAAAACGCACUUUAAAUAGUAUUAACGAAGAGACGGAGGAAAAAUUGAAAGUUUUGGAAAGCAAGUACCAAACUCAGUUGACAAUAAGUCGGUCCUUUGAAGAGAAAAUUCUUGAAAUGUACAAACAGUUGGAAAUGUCGACGCGAAAACCAAUUCGGUCGCCUGAUACUAGCAGUUGUCAGGAGGUUCAAGUGCCGAGCGAUAAAGUAAGUGGGACUGUGGCACUCAGUCAACGUUCGUCGCCUUUGUCGUGCUCGUUGACAUCGUCGGACGGUAGUUUGGCUUUAGUGCAACCGGAUAUGCGAGGGUUGCAAGCUUUGGUUGACGAAGAAUCUCCAGUGGAGGUAAAACCAAAUAUUCCCAAGGACGGCGAGAACCAGCCUUCAACUUCAGGCACAAAGAAAUGACUGAUCCUCGUUCAGAAUACUGUUAAAGAAGUUUGUAGUUUUGGUAACAAUCAUUUCAUUCCAACGAAAUGAUUGUUAUGGAGAAUUACAGUCACGUGUUAAAUUGAAUUUGUUUUGAUGUAUUUUUUAAUGUAUUUAAAUAUUUUUGUCUAUACUGUAAUAAAACUACUCUACUUGA